AUGAGUAGCAAAGAUCCAGCUUCGAUAGAUCUCAGUACAGUUGGCAGCCUGCUGGAUGAAACAGAAUCUGGCUCGAAAGAAGUGUUCCGUAGCCAACAGUCACUCGGACUUAUUACACAACGAUUUAUGAGUUUGAGGGCGAAAAAUGAAACGAUGAACUUGAAUGAUGUGGCCAAAGAGUUGAGCAUUCCAAAACGACGAGUGUAUGACGUGGUUAAUGUUUUGGAAGGUCUUGGAUAUGUGCAGAAAGUUGAAAAGAAUAAUAUCAAGUGGAUAGGAGACGAUGUAAAAGAUGAAGAACAAAAUCAGUUAGAAGCUAGGGUUGAGAUACUACGCCAAGAAGAGAAAAUCCUGGAAAUGAUGAUUCAAGACGCUCAAGCAGUUAUUAAUCUACAUUUCGAAGAUCCCAUUGCGAGACCGUACAAUUACGUCCGGAAAGAAGAUAUCAGAAACACUUCUGAGCUCGAUACAAAAUCAAUCAUCAUGAAAUCCGAACACGAUGACAGUAAAUUUAAUGUUCUAAUCAGAGAUCCUACUGGUAGUAGUGCUCACGAAAUGAUAGUCAAAAACAUAAAUGGUGUGCGGUCGCAUGCCUUGUUGUUUAGUAAUGAACCAACUAUCACUGUGAAGCAGGAAUCACCAGAGAAGGAUGACCCAUUACCAGAAGAAAUGAAUAAUGAAUGGUCUCUGUCCGAUGUUGGAUCGAAUCAAAAUUUGGAACAAAUCAAAACAGAGGAUCCUGAUGAAAUCGAUACAGAAGACUUAGAGACCUUCGUUCUUCCUUCUACCUCCACCAAUCCACAAAAUACUCAAUAUCUUCCUGAAACUCCUGGUCGUGGUCUAUUUUUCAGUCCUUUUAAAUCUCUCAUAGACCCAUGUAUUUUGCCUGCUUUUUCUGAUGACCUAACAAGCGGAUACAUCAACAUUACAACACCUUCAAGAGCUGCAGCUGAACAUGCUCUGCAAGCAGAUGUUGAACCGCCGAGCAUUAUGGACUUUUUCAAUGAUUAA